GAUCUGUUCAUCAACACAACCUGGAUUUUUCGACAGAAGGUUUUAGAUGUGGAACUUAAUAAGGUGUAUGAUUUAUUUUUUUACUCUUUUUUUUCCCUUGUUUUAACGUUUCGAUACUCCAUUUUGUGCCGCUGGUUCUGUUCUAAGAAUUUUGAAGUAUGGGGGUAUAAUACUCGUGAUAAUAAUUGACAUCAACUUAUUUAAUGCUAAAGGUAUCAGAGCUCAUAAAAAGGUUAGCGAGUUGAUAUCCUUAUUCAUUGAAACUCAAUCGGGAAACUUCAACUUAUAAGGUUUUGGAGUCUGGUAGUUCUGUAUGACUGCAGAGUAAAUGAUGGAGAAAAUUUGUGAAUUCUGCACAGAACUGAGGCCAGUGGUUUACUGUAAGGCUGACACAGCACAUCUUUGCCUUUCUUGUGAUGCCAAAGUCCAUUCGGCCAAUGCACUUUCUAGCCGACAUCUGCGAAAAGUCUUGUGUGACUUGUGCAGAUACCGCCCAGCUUAUGUUUGGUGUACAGAUCACCAAAUGUUCAUGUGUCACAGCUGUGACCGAAGCCUGCAUGACAGCUCUUCCCAGCAUCAGAAAAAGGGAACCAGGAGUUACAUGGGAUGCCCUUCUGCUAAAGAUUUUGCAGCAUUGUGGGGUUUUGAACUGAAUGACGGCAACGAUAGUACUCGUUGCGAUCAGCUUGUGUCCACUUCUUGUGGUUCUGGGGAUUCCAGUGUUGUAGAUUUUGACGUUCCAAGACAACCUUUCUCACAAAUUGGAGGCUCUUCAGUGUCAUCUAGAGUGAAUUGUGCAACUCCAGUCUCCAAUGCUGGAUCUGAAGUGGGAUCAAGCAGUCAACAAAGUAAGAUUAAACAGCACCCCACUAGCCAUCUUCUCCAACAGAUUCUUGACUUGGAAAGGCUUCAGCUCACUGACAGUUCUGACCAUUUACCUCUGGUACGUGGUCAAGAACAAACGGAAAUAUCUUCUUCAAUACAUUAUACUUCAGUGAAGUUUGAUGAAAAUCUUGAUCAGCAUUUACAGCAGUCCCAGGAUCUUAGUAGUGAUAUUCAGCAAAGGAUCAAUUCACAGCAGGAUCUGAAAGAGAACGUUUUAUCAUUCACAUUUCCUCAACAGGAGCAUUUAUCUUCAUUGUCGAUUACUAGCCUUCCUUUGAACGGAGAAUCCUUCUGGCAAUGGAAAAGUCCAGUUCAAACUAGUCAGUUGUGGUCUCAAAAUAUGCAAGACGUAGGGGUUUGUGAAGAACUACUUUGCGAUGAUGAUUUCAACAUACCUGAUGUUGAUUUAACAUUUCAAGGUUUUGAAGAACUAUUUGGAGGCGAUCAAGAUCCAAUCAAUGCUCUGCUUCAUGAUAAUGUCUCAUGCUCCUCCAUAGAGAAGGAUGUGUCCCAUAAUACAUCAGAUAAUGGUCAUAGGAGAACCAUGGAGGAUGCCUCAGUAGGUUCUUCCAUUUACAUCACUCCCUCAGCUCAGAUGGGCAAGGACAUAGGUCCUUCUGACCAAGUUUUUAACCUUCCAGGAAGCGCUGAUUGUCCUCGCCCGAUUCGAUCAUCUUAUUCAACUUUGUCAUUUUCUGUCUCAAGGUUCAGUGCCGAGAGCAGUGGUACUGAUUGUCUCGAUAGUGGACUUUCUCCUUAUAUUAUAGGAGAACCUUCUCACAAUUCACCUAACCUUGAGGGUGCACAUUUGGACGCCAGAGAGAUUGCCAAGAUGAGGUACAAGGAGAAGAAGAAGUCUCGACUGCAUGAAAACAAAAUUCGAUAUCCCUCUCGCAAAGCUAGAGCUGAUAUUCGGAAGCGGGUAAAAGGAAGAUUUGUAAGGACGGAGAACUAUGACUCCAAUACCGUUGACGUGACACAAAGCUAUUAGCUUUGCAUCUUGGUCUUAUACAUAUAUUUCAUUUCUAGCAGAGGUAAAAUUUUUGAAGCUUUGUAUUUAUAUAAGUAGUUUAUGAGGCUUAGAGAAGAAAUUAUGGGAAAAUCAUUUCCCUGAACUUUAGUUGAUCAGGGUCAUUGUAUAAGUUUCUACAGAUCUAAACUCUGUUUUCCUUUCAAACUGUUUCUUGUCCUGAAAACUGUGAGCUGUCACUUAGGUAUUAUGCGAAGAAAAAUGAAGGUCUUCA